AUGAAUGUUUCGUUGGCUUCAGUAUGCUCUCCGAACGGAGAUGAUCGGUUUGGUCCUGCCGUACAGGGGUGCCGACAAAACUUCGAUUUCACCUUCGUGUUUGAGCAAUACAUUUUCACUAUUAUUCCUGUUAUCAUUCUGUUAAUUGCUGCUCCUCUUAGAAUUCGGUAUCUGUACAAGCUUCCGAAAGUCAUUCGAGGUAACUCCGUCAAAUAUGCAAAGCUUGCCACCUUAUCUUUGUGGUCGGCAUGCCACCUCGCAUUGCUUAUUAUAUGGGCUACAACACCAAGCUCUGGUGCCAUCAAGACAGCCGCCAUAACGUCGUAUUGCUUGUCAUUCGCAGCGGGCAUAGUAGGCUUGGCGCUUUCCUACAACGAACACUCAAAGUCUAUGAAGCCAUCUACAACUAUCACGACUUACAUGUUUAUAUCGCUGAUACUAGAUGUUGCUACAUUACGUACAACAUGGCUAAUUACCAUGCCAGCAGCUAUUCGGAUAGUCUUCACGAUGGAAUUUGUCUUAAAAGGGCUCAUACUCGUUCUGGAAGCCAAAGAGAAGCGUGAGUGGUUGGUGGACAAUCAGAAUAGACACAGUCCCGAGGAAACUAGUGGUAUAUUCAAUCGAGGUGUAUUUUGGUGGGUCAAUUCUUUGCUUGCUAGUGGUUUCCGGCAACUACUGAGACCGAGUGAUCUCUUUGAGUUGCAAGAAGACAUGUUAGCAGCUGUGCUCUGUGAGAGGUUCUGGAGUUCUUGGGAUCAAGAUACUCACAAUAGCAAGUACAAACUCAUCAUAGUCUGUACGAGAACGCUGGUAUGGCCGAUCUUGUCCGCGAUUCCGGCUCGGUCAAUCUUGGUCGUUUUCACAAUCUGCCAGCCAUUACUUCUCAAUCGUUUCCUGCUAUAUCUUCAAGAAGCCGACGAAUCACUCAACAUCGGCUAUGGCCUUAUUGCAGCAUAUGGAUUAGUAUACAUCGGCAUGGCAAUUUCGUCUGCCUUCUACUUUCACAAAGCGUUCCGGAUGGCAACUAUGCUCCGAGGAUUAUUGAUCGCAGUAAUUUUCAAACACACCACUGAGAUUUCCAUAGCAGCGUCUGACAACUCGGCCUCAGUGACUUUGAUGAGCACAGAUGUUGACACGAUCGUUCGAGCUAUCCGACAACUCCACGACUUGUGGGCCGAUGUUGUCCAAGUUGCUGUCGCCACCUGGCUUUUAAGCGUGUUCAUUGGCCCUGCAGCUGCUGCACCCGUAGCAGUGUGCCUUCUUUCCCUAGUACUCACAAUAUAUGUGUCGCCGAAAGCCCGAGCUUCUCAGGGUGCAUGGUUUGAGAAGGUGCAGAAAAGAAUCGGUGUAACCUCAAAGAUGCUGGGACAUAUGAAGAGUGUCAAGAUGUCCGGUCUUGCUCAAGAGCUUGCUUUAUCGAUAUCUCGAAUGCGAGUUGAUGAAAUGAAAGCAGCAAAACCAUUCAGACUGAUCAUGGUUUGUACGGCGGCUUUAGCUCAGGUACCAGUGUUAGUUUCUCCUGUUGCUGCCUUCGCCGUAUUCGCAAUCGUAUCAGCAAGGACGGGAGAAACCUUUGAGGCUACUACACUUUUCUCAUCUUUAUCCCUUAUAAUACUUCUUGCAGCACCACUCUUUGGAACCUUUGAGACGAUCAUUAACCUACAAUCAUCGUUGGCAUGCUUUGAGCGUAUACAACGGUAUCUUUGCACGCCAGGCCGGAAAGAUAGACGCUCAAAGCUCUCCAAUGGCUCCCAAACGACCAUUUCCAAACCAGGUAUACGAUUAAGCCGCGGCCAAAACGACCACGCCCUUGGUAUUAUGGAUGACGAAAUUGAGAUGAUGACUCCACCGCCACACAAGCCUAACACAUCCGAACCUCACGAAUGUGUUCACAUAAGGCUUCGUGACGCGUCUUUUACUUGGUCGGACGAGGGCCCCGUCUUUGUGAAACACGUCAAUUUCGUGGUAAUGAAAAGCCAGUUCAUGGUUCUGGUUGGCGCAGUCGCGUCUGGGAAGACCACAUUGCUAAAAGGGCUUCUUGGCGAAUGUACGGGUAUGAGUGGAGAUGUCAUGCUGGCACAGGCUCGUACAUCGUGGUGCGACCAAAGUCCUUGGAUAUAUAAUGGGACUGUUCGCGAAAAUAUCGUCGGAUAUGGCUAUUACGAUUCAAAAUUGUAUCAUAAGGUUUCCUAUGCUUGCGAUCUUUUGAAAGACUUUUCUCGGUUUCCAGAUGGCGAUGAGACGCUCGUUGGGAGUAAAGGCCUAUCGCUGAGUGGCGGCCAGAAACAGAGAGUGGCUCUUGCUCGAGCGAUAUACUCAAGACCUGAGAUUGCGAUCUUCGAUGACGUGCUGAGUGGACUAGACAACCAUACCGCGAAUACAGUCUGUGAUCGCCUUUUCAGCCAUAAAUGCGGUAUCCUGCGAGAAUGGGGAACGACCAUUAUCUUAGCGACUCACUCAGCUGUCCCACUUCAUAUGGCCGACCAGAUCUUGGUACUAGGAAAAGAUGGAGGUGUUGCGGAAUUGGGGUCUCCUACUGAGCUUACCAUACGUGAUGGAUACGUCAAGAGCAUCUUCGAGGGUAACAAAUUUCGCAUGACUGAGGUGGAAGAGAUCGCAGCGUCUGAUGACGAGAAGAAUGCCUUAUUAACUGGAGCAUUGCAACUUGCGAAAAAGUCCGAGCCCAUCGACAAGCGGAGACAAUUAGGCGACAAUACCGUUUAUCAGUUUUAUUUCUCCUCCUUAGGGUUGGGCUUGACGGCGAUUCUGCUUGUUGUAGAGUUCUCGAAUGCGUUCCUCCAGACGUUUCCGACGGUAUGGCUGAAGUGGUGGUCUGAUGCUAGUACGGCCGGCGGUAACCAAAGUAUUGGCCUCUAUUUAGGAGUCUAUGCUGCACUUCAGAUGGCGGCUGUUGCUGCGCUGGUGAUGGUCAAAAUUGUUACGAAAUCAGGUCUGGAGUUGCACGAAAGGCUACUCAGAGUCGUCAUUCGUGCGCCAUUAUCAUUGUUUGUCUCGGUUGAUACCGGUUCCCUCACAACAAGAUUCUCCCAGGACCUUGGUGAGGUUGACAGGAGCUUACCAUUGGGGAUGCUCGUCACCAUCCAAAAUCUCCUCACUUGCAUUGGUCAAGCAGUGCUAAUUGCUUCGUCCACUUGGUACCUGGCCAUCGCUUAUCCAUUUCUGCUUGCGACUUUCGUUUUUCUCCAAAAAGCGUACCUGAGAACAUCCCGGCAAUUGAGAUUCUUGGAUUUGGAAGAAAAAGCCCCAGUGUACACUCAGUUCCUCGAGACCCUCGCCGGACUUUUGACUGUUCGAGCUAUGAACUGGACAAAUAGAGCAAUUGAUCGAAACCACGAACUCGUCGACCGGGCACAAAAGCCCUUUUAUCUGCUCCUCAUGGUACAACGCUGGCUCACACUCGUGCUAGACUUUAUAGUCGCAACGCUAGCUUUGCUUGUCGUCGGCCUCGCUGUCAAGUUACGGGAUUCUGUCUCGGUCGGGCUCACAGGCGUGUCCUUGGUUCAGCUCAUUACGUUCGCAGAAACUGUCAGGAUGCUGAUCCUAUGGUGGACGUCACUUGAAACAUCUAUCGGUGCGGUUGCAAGGAUCAAACAGUUCAGCGAAAGUACACCUGACGAGAAUCUUCCUGGGGAAAUCAGCGUUGUACCUCAAGAAUGGCCAGCCCAUGGUAGCAUCGAAAUUAAUUCUAUCUCCGCCUCAUACGCUGAGAAUAAAACCAAGGCUCUGGAUGAUGUAUCCAUUUCAAUCAAGGCGGGUGAGAAUGUCGGUAUAGUUGGAAGGACUGGCAGUGGGAAAUCCUCACUUCUGCUCACGCUGGCCAGAAUGCUUAAUAUGUCGGCCGGAUCCAUCUUGAUUGACGGUUUGGACAUCACAGCACUGCCGCGAGAAGAGGUCCGUUCUCGUCUCAAUAUCAUAUCGCAGGAUCAGUUCUUCCUGCCCGGUACUAUUCGCCAGAACAUUGAUCCCCACGAUACAUUCAGCACCGAAGAGAUCCUUGCGGUUCUGUUGAAAUUGGACUUAUUGGGUUCUGUUGAGUCGAAUGGAGGCCUCGAUGCCGAUAUGGACGAGGAUAUGUUGAGCCAAGGACAAAGGCAACUUUUCUUCCUUGGCAAAGCAAUUCUUAGAAGAAAUCGUGGUUGCGUGGUGCUUCUUGAUGAAGCGACGAGCAGCGUCGAUCACGAAACGGAGGCAAGCAUACGCAAUUUAUUCCGUAAAGAAUUCGAGACACAUACGGUGGUGGCCGUUGCUCAUAGGCUCGACACGAUCAUUGAUUUCGAUCGUGUGAUUGUAAUGGAUAAUGGCGCGGUAAUCGAGCAGGGACGACCAACUGAUCUGCUUCAGCGGAGUGGACCGUUUCAAGCUUUGUGGAAUGCUGCUCGAGUUACUAGUCGUUCAUGA